AUGAAAUUUAAAAUAUAUUCUUCUAUUAUUUUUCUUGUUCUAAUUUUACAAAUUGGUAUCAAAGCAGAACAAUUAUCUUUAUCAUUUUUUAAUUUAAUUCCAAAUAUUAUUUCUAAUGGUCGAUUCGUACAAGAAAAUAUUAUUAAUUCUAAGAUUGAAUUUAAUGAAACAUUUCCACGAUUAAAUCAAGAUCUUACACUCAAUGCUAAUGGAUCGAACUGCAGUGAAGACAUUCAAUUAUUAGCUAAAGAUUUAAAUGCUAGAAAAACAUGGGCAUUGAAGACAUUGGAUGCUUGGGGUAAAUUUCCUAGUGGAAUAAUGCAAGGAAAUAUCUAUUGGAUUGGUUCAGUAUAUGAAUGUGCACAUCAUUUACGUGGUUUAAAUAAUAGUGUUGUUGAACAACCAUUUCGAACACGUACAUGUGUUAUUGGUAAUGGUUAUUCAAAUACUGUUCGACCAAUCUAUGGUAUUUGUGUACCUCAAAGUUGUGAUUCAAAUGAUAUUACGAAUAAUAUUAAUAAACAUAUUAUUAGAAUUCCAUUUAUUGAUCAAUUUAUUCCUUUAACAAAUGAUAGUGUUCACUGUAUUGAUCAACGUUCAUAUGAUACAAAAGCAAUUUUUACAAUUGUACUUUUAACUUUAAUUGCUUUUCUUAUACUUGCUGCUACCGGAAUGCAUAUUGCAUAUGGUCAUAAAAGUGAUUUAAAAAUAGAUGAUACACUUACGACAACUUAUGAACCAAUAUUGGGUCAAACAACAGCAGCAACUGAACCAUUAAUAACAACAAAUCUUGUAACUACAACAACAAUUACUACAUCCCAAACAGAAUAUCCAGUCAAUGAACAUGAUGAAGCUACACCAUUGAUUUCUCGACCUCGACAAGCUGUUGAUUCAGUGGCACAACAUUUUAUUAAUUGUUGUUCAUUAAUUAGUAAUUAUCGUAUAUUAAAACGUGAAAAUCAACCAAAAACUCUUGCUUGUUUAAAUGGUAUUCGUAUUCUUUCACUUUGGUGGAUAAUUCUUGGUCAUACAUUUUUGUUUGCGGCUUAUUAUUCGGAUAAUGUAAUAACUAUUUUCAAUUGGUCACGUCAAUUUUGGUUUCAAUUAAUUAUACAAGCAGUAUUUAGUAUUGAUACAUUUUUUGUCUUAAGUGGUUUACUUACUACAUUCAUAUUUUUUAUAUCGAAAAGUGAAAAUGAAAGAUUUUCAACAAUAAAAUUUCUUCUUAAUCAUUAUAUUUAUCGUUAUUUAAGAUAUACAAUCUUUUAUGCUUUAAUUCUACUUAUCCAUAUUACUCUUUCACCAUAUCUUGGUCAAUAUGGUCCUGUUUAUCCAAUUGAUGGUAGUGAAACAUUAACAUGUCGACGAACUUGGUGGCGUAAUUUACUUUAUAUAAAUAAUUUUUUUGAUAUACGUGAUGGUUGUAUGGCGAUAACAUGGUUUUUGGCAGUAAAUAUGCAAUUUCAUUGGAUUGCACCAUUGUUUUUACUGACUGUUGCAUGGAAUUGGAUUUUUGGAAUGCUCGUAGCCACUGCUUUUAUCCUAGUCGAUAUCAUAACAACUGCAGUAAUUGUAUCAAAAAAUAAUUAUGAUCAUGGAAUUUUAAGUGAUUUAUAUUCAAAUGGAUCACAUUGGUCAAAUACAAGUCAUAAUUAUAUGAAUGAUGUUUAUAUUAAACCAUGGUGUCGUAUAGCUCCAUAUGCUAUUGGUUUAGUACUUGGUUAUGCUGUUUAUGAAAUGUAUAAGCGUUCGAAUACAGUUUCAUGGGAAUCACUUUUACCACAACGAAGAUUAACUCGAGCGAAUCGAAUAAAACAAAUUCUAGCUUGGAUAUUUGCUUUGUUUAUUUUAGCACUGUGUAUUUUUGGUACAUAUGGAGAUUAUAGUGGACAUUCAUUAAAUCGAUCAGAACGUAUUGCAUUUCUUACUUUAUCAAGACUUGGAUGGGCUAUCGGAUUAAGUAUAAUUAUUAUAGCUUGUUUUACUGGACACGGAGGAAUAGUCAAUAAAUUACUUAGUCAUUCGUUCUUUGAUUCAUUGGCAAAAUUAACUUAUGGUGCUUAUCUUUGGCAUGCAUUAGUUAUUUUUGUCAAUUAUUUAAGUCGUGAUCAACCUACACAUUAUACAGUGGCUAAUAUUUUGUACAAUUCUAUUAUUCAUAUAAUCAUUGCCUAUAUUUUGUCAUUCUUUACUUUUCUUCUUAUUGAAUUACCAAUAAUACGAUUAUUAAAAAAUGCUUUCAAACGUCCAACACUUUCAUCAUAA